UGGCCCAAAAGGGUUUACAUACAAGGUCCGAAACAACCUUGUACAUCUCGUCCAUGUGUCAAUGGCAGAAGCUAUUUCCAGGAGGUAUCUUCUCAGAUUUGCAUCCCCUUCAAAUUACUUUAAAUAGUAGUUACAAAUCUCUCUCUAUUCGCCCAUUCAAUCAAUCUACUAUUCUAAUGGCUGAAUGGUCUCAACUCCCUCGAGAACUCGUAGACCUCAUCUCCAAAUACCUCUCUUUCGAAAUCGAUUUCCUCCGUUUCCGUUCCGUUUGCUCUUCCUGGCGUUCCUCCGUUCCUCCUAAACCCUACCCGAAUACCCCUUCUCGUUUCCCCAUUCUCCCUAAUAACGGCAUCGCUGAAAACAGCUGGGGUUUUAAACUUACCAAAACACCCCUCUACCUUAUCAGUCCCCCCAAACAAACGACGUCGUCUGAUGAUAACCACGGUGGAUGGAUCCUUAAACUGGAUAGGGAAAAUCCUCAACGUAUGCGUUUGCUUAACCCUCUUUCUAGAUCCCAAUUCAAACCUCUUCCUUCCAAUUUCCCUAAAAAUUUGGAUCCCUCGCAAUACCCAAUUCUUGAAUUAGGCCAGGAGUAUACUCUUCAGUUUAUUAAGUACCGACCUAGGGCUAAUUCAAUUGCGGAUGCGGGGAAUCUUUACAUGGAAAAAGUUGCUGUUCGUUUGGAAGAAGAUGGGUUUUUGUUACUGACAAUUCAUGUUUCUGGGAAAUUGGUGAUGUAUAGAUCUGGUGAUACGAAGUGGUCGAUUGUUGAUGACUCAUCAUUACCGUACGAUGAUGUUAUUCUUAAAGAUGGGAACUUUUAUGCUGUUGAUAAUACUGGGAAGGGAGUGCUUGUUAAGUUGAGUGAUGGGUCAGCGCCGGAAUUGACCAUUGUUGGUCAGUCUGUGUUUGGUGGGGAUAAGAAGUUUCUUGUGGAGUCGUGCGGGGAAUUGUUGAUGGUUGAUAAGUAUUUGAGUAUUGGUCCAGAAGAUGAUCUUGGAUAUAAUGAGAAUGUGGAGUUUUACGAGGAAUUUGAUUGUUACAUGAGUGAAAGGACAGUUAGGUUUAAAGUUUAUAAGCUGGAUGGAGAGAUGCAGAGGUGGGUUGAGGUUACUGAUUUGGAAGAUAGGAUACUGUUUGUGGGGGAUAAUUGUACGUUUUCUGCAUUAGUUUCUGAGGUUGAUUGUGGGUGUAAAGGGAACUGUAUACUGUUCACCGAUCAGUUUUUUUGUAGCACGGAAGAUGAUGGAGGAAUGUGGAAGAAUCACGGGAUAGGUGUGUUUAGUUUGGAUAAUGGCAGCAUUGGUCCAAUUAGUAGUUACAAUGGCUAUGCUGAGUUGUUUUGGCCUCCUCCUUCUUGGAUUUGUUCUCCUCAGCCUAUUGAUGUAAGUGGUGUUGCUGUUGUUUCUGUUUCAG